AUGCACAUCGGGGUUCAUAAAACAUGCCUGCCCUACAACCAUGACCUUGUCGGUCUGCAUGUCUGCGGACCCUCUCUUACCCUCAACGAACCAUGGAACCUCCCCCAGUACCCACUACUUGCAGAAAGAGCAAGACCAAAUGAGGCGGAAGAGGCGGAAGAGCCUGAUGUGGCUACCGCAGACUACGAUGGGCCAAGGGUUCAGGUCAACUGGCAACAAGAGCCUUUUCAUACCGAUAUGCUUGUUCAAUGGCUUAUUCAGCAUCCUGCAGAUUCUACUGUACUAUUCAACAGUAAAUGCAACGUAGACCAUGGCACCCCCUUGGGCAAGGACAAAAAUGAGAUUCAAGGUCUCAUCACUCAUUUUAUCUUCAUGCAUGACCAUAAAUAUGGGAGCUUAUAUGCUUCAUUUCUGGAUAAAUUUCGCGACUCGGUAGCGUACCGCAUUUCCACUCUCAAGAAGGUCUGGCGUCCCCUCUAUGAUAAAUUACGCAGAACCGGUGCUGGUGUUGUUCCUCUCGACGCUAAUGCUGCUGCAAAUUUGAAGGGUGCGUAUGAGAUUGACCAUGAUUGUCCUUGGUUCGACAAUCUUCGAGCAAUCUGGGGGUCCAACCUGUCAUUCGCAGCACCAACAAUCUCUUCACAGCCUGGGGUGGAUCAUGCUGCCCAUUUCUUCUCACUCAUAAGCACAGCAGACGCCGGUAAUGCCUCAUCACAGGUCCACAGUACUCCUCCUUCCAGCGCCCUCAUGGGCAGCCCUGCUCCCCCCCACACACAGGGGGGGAGAAUAGCUGAUCACCCCCAACAAUCCGGCUAUUCCCCAUCCUCCACUGGUCCUUCAGUGAGCGGUAGCACUGGUGCCCUCCCACAAUUGGGCUAUCCACCCCCCUCCUCUGGCACCUUUGUGGGCGGUAGCUCACAAUCCGGCUAUCUGCGCCCCUCCUCUGGCGCCUUUUCAAGCGGCAGUGCUUCCCUGCAAUAUCACUAUAGCCAUCCUGCAGAUGGCAGCGGCGCUAGCCCACAAUUCGGCAGUCCCCCCCCUCCCAGCCCUUUUGCAGGCAGCCCAACUAGUUCAUGCCCCCCUCCUUUCAACCCUUGUGGUGACGGCAGUGCCGCUUCCUCCCCACAGUUCAACUAUGGCACCCCCCCUCCCCCCAGCACUCAGUCCUCCCCGCAGUUCAACUAUGGCGCCCCCCCUCCCCCCAGCACUCAGUCCUCCCCACAGUUCAGCCGCACUCACCUUCCCCCUCACAAAUCAUACCCUCUCUCACGUCCCCCUCCGGGCAUGGCACCUCAGGCUGAAGAUGAUUUCGAUGAUGCUCUUUUUACCAUGGAUGGGAUGGAUGAAUAUGAUGAUCGUGACGCGAAUGCUCUUCCUUCAUCUCCAUCGCCUCCCCCUGCUCCCCCACCCGCAGUUUCGCAGAAGCCCCGCACCUCCACAUACAACAACCGCAGUGUGUUCCUGUCCAAAACUGGCAGUGUCCGCACGAGCACCAAACCUUCAUUGACCACAUCAUCAUACUCUUCGGCACACACUCACUCCAGCAUGCCUCCUUCCCAGUCGUCUUCGACUCCAGAGACAUCAGUGUCGAAAGGGAAACGCAAGGCGACCAACAAGAAGCGGAUCCAUUCUGACAUUCAUGAGCAAGUUGAGAUGUUGAAUGACAAGGUUGAGAGCAUCACCUCAGGUAAGACAUCGGAGAGCGCAUCAAGGGAGCCGUUGGCGAAGACACAGUACGAGUUGAAGAAUGACCGUGCCAUGGUGAAGCUGGAUAUUUACUGCGAGGGCAAAGAGCAUGAAUUUAUACGCGACAAGCGUGCCAUUGUCCGUGCGAAUGCAAAAGUUGACCAUCAGUGUGAACAAGAGGCGAAAACCAUGGAGAUUCGCCUUCGCGAUGCUGAGUCUAGGGCUUGGGAAUCGGAGGCAGCAGCAUUGUGUCUCAGGAUCAAGUACAAGAAACUCAUGCAGGAUGAGCGGACCGAAGGUAGUAAUGCUGCAUCUUGA